GUAUAUCUCUGGUUGUUGUCCAUUUCCCAUGUGCUGACCUUGUCCAUAACCUAAAAAUUUCAAGUUGUAUUUUGUUCAAAGUAAACGUUCUACCUGUUUGUGUAUGUACAUACCAAGUGUUUAAAUUCCGAGAUUACCUACUAAUACACAGAAGAACGGACAGUCAGGUCUGAUAAUUGUUCCAAAUUUCAGUCGUUUCUCAAAGUGCAAUGCAUGCAAUGGAUGAGAGUUUGGUAGAAAGAAAACGUAAAAAGAAAAAAAAGAAGCGCGACGACAUUAUUAGACAAAAUUCUUUUACAAAUGACGCCGAUUUUAGAUUGGUUAAUGUUAUCAAUAAAGAUGGUGGUGAUGUUACUGAAAUCAAAAAACAUAAGAAGAAACGAAAAAACUUAGAGUAUAAUAGAAACGAAGCUUUCGUAACACAAAAUGGAAUUGAUGCAGAAGUUAUAAAACAUAAAAGGAAAAAGAGUCAUUCCGGCGAACUAAAUAAACUGAACAACAUCACUGUAGGAGACGGUUUGAGAGAUGGAAGUGUUUCUAAGAAGCAUCGCUUGAGUAAUACGCCGCACCAUUUUGAUGUUGAUCAGAAUUACAGCAAACGCAAUGAUUUUGACUCAAACGCGGACAAAGACAGCAUAAUUGAAAUAAAAGAUGAAAGGGUAGGUGUGAAGAAGAAGAAAAAGAAGCACCACAAAAACUUAGAUACAAUGCCACCACCGACUGAUAAACACAAACAUAAAGAUGGUUUGUUACCCAAUACCUCGUUGGAGAAGGAAACUUUGCCCGCCCAAAACUGUAAUGGUGUGAAGAAAAAGAAAAAGAAGCGCCACAAAGAUGAGACGAAUGUUAUAACUGAGAAACAACAUAAAGAGAUUCGCUCCAGCUUACUAAAUGAAUCUUGUGAUAAUAAUGAAGUGGGUACUAAGAAACCAAAAAAGAAGCGCCACAAAGAUACUAUAGAACCAGUUGUACAAUCAUCUGCAUUGGUAGAGUAUAGCGCAAUAGAGUCUAAUGUAAACGACUUUUUAACCAAUACCAAUGGUAAAACAAAGAAGAAACGGGAAAAGAAACGUAACAAAGAUAUUACAAUCACAAGUGUGUUGCCAGAUGAAUCACAGGAUAUCAUCACAAUUGAUAAACAGCGUAAAAAUGGUGGGUCUCGCAAGAAAGAAAUUUCACCUCUCCAUGAUGAACAUCAUAAAAAAACAUCGAAAAAGAUGCAUCACAAAAAUACAGAGUUAGGACACCAUAAUUAUUUAUCAUCAAAAGACGAAAUUGUAUCAAUACAACAUUAUAACAUAAAUGAUCAGCAUCAUAAAAAGAAACGGAAAAAGGAGCAUCACAAAAUAGUCACAGAUGAAUCAGAAUUGAGACACCAUAAAUAUUUGUCAUCACAAAACUCUUGUGACAGCGAAAUGUUAUCAACACAACAUAAUAUAAGUGAUCAUAAGAAGAAACGGAAAAAGCACAAAGAUACGGCCACAGGUGAAUCAGAAUCGGGACAUCAUAAACACGUCACACGAAACGAUUCUGAUGGUAACGAAAUUUUAUCGACAGGACAUGAUCAACAUCAUAAGAAACGAAAAAGGGAGCAUCACAAAGAUACGGCCGCAGGUGAAUCAGAAUCGGGGCAUCAUAAAUAUUUCUCACGAAACGAUUCUGAUGGUAACGAAAUUUUAUCGACAGGACAUUAUAAUAUAAAUGAUCAACAUCAUAAAAAGAAACGGAAAAAGGAGCAUCACAAAGAUACGGCCCCAGGUGAAUCAGAAUCGAGACAUCAUAAAUAUUUCUCACCAAACGAUUCUUGUGGUAGCGAUAUUUCAUCCACACAACAUUUUAAUGUAAAUAGUGAAAUUGAGAAGAAAAAAACCAAAAGGAAGCGUGAAGAAGCCACCAUAGAUAGAGUGAAAAGUGAGCGAAUUGACGAAAUUGAGAACCAGAUAAACCUUACUCAAUUUGUCCUUAAUGAAACACCACAACAUAUUAUAAGUGAGAGACCAGUCGAACUUAGGAAAGAUGGAGUGGAUAAGAAACGGCAUCAUAUUAAGAAGGAGAUGCAGGAUAGUCAUACAGCUCAACACGCUCUUCCACAACUUGAUGCGAAUCUCAUAGGUUCCACGCCUGUUGAUUGCUUAGACCGUGCAGAGAAAGAGAAGACUGGUAGGGAACAGUCCAACACAACUGAUACAAACCUUUCUCAUUUUGUCCUUAAUGAAACACCACAACAUAUUGUAAGUGAGAGACCAGCCGAACUUGUGAAAGAUGGAGUGGGUAAGAAACGGGAAAACAAGGAGAUACAUGAUAAUCAUGCACCAUUUACAGCUCAACCACAACUUGCUUUUGAUGUGAUUCGUAUAGGUUCCACCGAGGGUUCCACGCCUGUUAAUUGCGUAGACCAUACAGAGAAAGAGAAGACUAAGGAUGAUCACAAUAAUAAUGAAAGAGAAGAGAGGCAGAAGCAUUCAGAUGAGGACCAAAUUCCUUGUGAGAAUACUUCAACAGUUGAAAGUUGUAAUUCCGAGCAAGUAUCUACAAAAUCAAAUAUUUCUAAACCUGGACAAAGAAAACACAAUGAAACCCCGUCGGACACCCUCAAACGCGUUGACUUUGUAAAAAAUUUUUUAGAUAAGCCUUCCGUAAGAACAAAGUUAACCGAAGACAAUAAACAGCUGUUGGAGAAUUUACAUGUUACCAUUCCAUUUGACAUUCCACUUUCACAUUUAAUAGAGACCCGUAUGUCUUCUCACCCUACAAAAAAACAACAGAAACAAUUCAAGGAACUGGGACUGACAAUGAACACCACGCAUUACAACCAAGUCGAGGAUAAUAUAAUAAAAAACAAUUGGGAAAAUUUUUGCAAGAUGCACAAUUUGCCAAACGAUCCGAAACCGUUUAUGAGUUUCGAAGCGUGCAGUGAUACAAAAAUGAACGGAAGUAUCCUUUCAAAGCCGGAGAGGAUUAAAUUCGUGCAAUUCCUCGGGCAGAAACUAGAACAUCGUUAUUUGUACGGUAUCUAUCGAAGGUUUAAGAAGUUGUAUGAGGUGGUCAAGAAAGGAAGGUUUACGAAGACAGAAGAUGACUUAAUUUGGGACUACAUUCAACAAUCGGAUGAUACUAACCAGUUUUCGAAGUUGGCGUACGUUCUAAACAGGGAUAGACAUAGGAUAUUGAUGCGUUACAGACUUUUGAAGGCCCAGAGGGAACCUGGUCGUGAUAAAAAAUGAAUUGUUCAUAGAAAAACUGUGUAAUAACCUAGAAAUAACGUGGUCGCACCUCCAGAUGCAGUGUGGUGCUUAUGGACAUUAUCGAA